GGGGGAAGCCACUGAAGGCGUCACCAGGCCCUGUGACGUCAGUGCUCCCUCCAGCAGCCAGUCAGAGAAGGGAUGCUCUGAACGCAGGACUGCAGCAUCUUCGCCGAGAGAACGAGCAGGAAAAAACGUCUCUUUCUCUGCGUGUUCGUCCAGCUCCGCGUCCCCGGACCCUCCUCGCGCACCCGCCACCCCUGGGUGUCCAAAUGUUCGGAGCCAGGAUCGGAUAAGAAGGAAGAAAUUGCAAUAGCCGAGCGAAUCGGAUUUUUAAAAUUAUUAUUUGUUGGCAGACCUUUGUUUUUGAGGUCGGCUGGGUUUUUGUUUUGUUCUAAUCCAUUUGUUUCCUUUUCCGCCGCCGAGGAGCGCCACCAUCCUGCACUGCCUGACAUGAGUACGCUCUUUUAUCCGGUCGCAGCGGAAUGACACACAUAUCUUAAGCUUAAGCCCGCACAUCUGAAGGUUGAUGGAAGAGUGACGCUCCCUUUGUCAUUUUAGUAGCGUAGAGCACGCUCCAUCCGCAGAGGCUUGGAUUUUUGCCCUCCCAGUCGAUCAUCCGCCGCUUUCACUCCCUGCGCAUCAUCUCUUUGAACGCACAGCGCUCCGCGGAGAAACGCGCAGCCAACCUCCCCCGUCCGCACGAAACAGGCGUAUUUUCCGAUUCCCAAACCACUUUCGCCUCCUCCAAGGACUCGUCCGCACGGCUACGCUGCGUAAACAGGCGGAAAAGGGGGGAUUUGAACGCAACCGUAGCCCAAGCAUCCAAGAGCAAGCUCGAAAAUGAUGGCCGGCGGAGCAGUACAGCAAAACGGGAUUUUUUCAAAUCCUCACCAUCACAAUCAGCAACCACACAUGGAGUCCGAUCCCCCGGACUCGCGUAAAAGACCCCUGGAGACGCCGACUGAGGCCAGCAGCACCAAGCGCACGAACACGGGAGUGGCCUUCCUGCAGCCCCUAUUUGAAACUGAAGGCAUUGUAUUCCCUCACCAAGAAACUGAGACUCAUGAGGAAGGCGAGUACUUCCUGAAGGUUUUGAUUCCCAGCUAUGCGGCGGGUUCCAUCAUCGGGAAGGGCGGCCAGACCAUCGUGCAGCUGCAGAAGGAGACUGGAGCCACCAUCAAGCUGUCCAAAUCCAAAGACUUCUACCCCGGUAAGACUCCACCGUCAAAGGCUGAUGCUGGUGAUGAAGCAGACUCCUGCAUCCAUGAUUCUGGAGCAGCAGCAUUUGAUCGGCUGCUGGUCCUCGUUUCCACACGUGCACCAGAUUGUGAAGCUUCUGUUUGUGUUUCAUUGUGAAGUUGAGUUGAUGUUUGCAUGAUGAGACCAAAGGCGCUGCUUUGGUUAACGUCCCUGAAUGCAUGUGUGAGUGCCGACUGCCUUUUCCAUUAAGGCCGCGGUGUCGUCCAACCUCAGCUCUGAGCGUCCGGUUGCUCACACAGCCACAAACACUGGCCUGAUGUCACUGAUGGAAGACGUGCAGCUUUCUGUUUCUGUGCUUUGACUUUUUUCAGUGUUACGUAGGUUUGAGUGCCUUCACUUCACGUGCAACAGGUGCAGAAUGAAUGACGUGGUUAAAGCUGCUUAUGUGAACAAACACACAACGCCAUGACUUCAGGGUUCAAAGCCAGUAAUCAGCAGCUGAACGACUCUGAGUCUCUGAGUCUCAGCAUGGGUUUCUGUUGGAAGCGCAUCCCGCGCUUCCACUGCUUCUCCGUGAUUCAGUGGACGCGGCUCCGGCUCGGCUGCAGCCUGUGAAUGCGGCCUUCGCUUCGGCUGCAAACAAGCCGCCGUUGUUUGACACCAGCACACGCGACGAGGCCCGAAAACGCUGCCAGCGACAACAGAUGCAGAGAGCGAACGCCUCCGAGCAGCAAACGCACGAGGCAAAACACGCAAGGCGCACAAACAUGUUUACACACAGCAGUACAUCUGAAUCUAUAGCAAUACGUCAAAGAGCGAACGUAUGCACACGAAAACAUGGCUGCCAAGAAACGAAGGCACGAGUGAAGCGUGAAAGAAAGAGCGGUUUGUGAGGCCGGACUGAAGGAGCUGUGUGUGUCUUUGUGUGCGCCUUCCGCUGCGCUGGGGCGGCAUCUGUAUGCAAAUGAGGCCGCUUCUUCCUGGUGCCAAAUCAAAGGCCCACCUGCUGCACGGACCCGUGGGCGCGUGUUGGGAAUACCGGGUCAGCGCCACGAGCGGCGCCUUCAGCAGCGUCCGCUGGACGUGGGUGAUGCUCCCGAAGCAAAGCUGUGCUUGAAGCUUCAGAUGAGACACAUCAAAUGAGUCAGUGACGCUCUGGGCUCAAAUGUAGUGAGUGACACGAGGAGCAACAGAAAAAUGGAACAAAGGUGACUCAGAAACAAGGAUCAGAUGCAGAAGGAGCUUCUGGUUCUGGUUUCUUUUUCAGGCUGCAUUCCUGCUGGUCAUACAUCACGCCGUUCUCCUCUAUCUCCUCCUCCUCGGUUUCCUCCCUUUUUAUUCACGCAUCCCAUCAGUCACUGCUGCCUCCCUCUCCCUCUCAUUGUUCCGUCGCCUCCUCCCUGCGUCGCUGCGUCCUCGUCCCAUCUAUCUGGAAAAAAGUGCAGCAGCAGCACUUAAGCCGACGACUAAUUAGCAAAGAGCCGCAGUGCUGGGGACAAGACAGGCCACCAUUCAUCCACACACGCACACACACACGCACGCACGCAUGCACACACGCACGCACACACACAAACGCACACACACACACGCACGCACACAAACGCACGCACGCAUGCACAC